AUUUCCCCAAAACGGAGUCAAGAAGGAUUCUUUUCCUAUUUUUUGGUUUGUUUAAUUUUAUUUCAUGGGAAGGAGAGGAUUCAAAUUCAUUGGUUGCCCCUGGUGAUUGUGAUUACCGGCGAAACGGACUCGGUCGUUCCUCUGUGGAUUUGGCACUAAUGGGGCUUCUCAGCAUCAUCAGAAAGAUCAAGAAAAUGGAGAAACAAAUGCGAAUUCUCAUGGUGGGUCUGGACAAUUCUGGGAAGACCACGAUCGUCUUAAAAAUUAACGGCGAGGACACUAGCGUCAUCAGUCCCACUCUCGGCUUCAAUAUCAAGACCAUCGUCUACGACAAGUAUACACUGAACAUAUGGGAUGUAGGGGGUCAAAGAACGAUUAGAUCUUACUGGAGGAACUACUUUGAGCAAACUGAUGGUUUGGUUUGGGUAGUUGAUAGUUCGGAUCUUAGAAGAUUAGAUGAUUGCAAAUUGGAGCUGGAUAAUCUUUUGAAAGAAGAGAGGCUAUCAGGAGCAUCAUUGCUAAUACUAGCAAAUAAGCAGGACAUUAAAGGUGCUCUUACGCCAGCUGAAAUAGCUCAAGUACUCAACUUGGAAGCCAUGGAUAAAACCCGCCACUGGCAGAUUGUAGGAUGUAGUGCAUACACUGGUGAAGGGCUGCUUGAGGGAUUUGAUUGGUUGGUUCGGGACAUCGGGUCUCGAAUCUAUGUGCUUGAUUAGCUUUGUUCGCCCUUGAGCUAUAUUUUCAUUUGUACAAAUGUAUGGCAUCUAAACAUGCUAAUAUCCCAUAUAAACAGAAGCUUUAUAAGUUGUAUCUGUAGUUGCAUCAGCAAGGGAAAAUGACCCUGCCAAACCUUCCAAAACUUCUCGUGGUUAAGGGCAGCAUCCUUUGAAUCAAGAGAACAGGAGUUAAAAUGACAGCCAGCCCAUAACUAUGGCAACUAGGUUCAUCACAUCAUCGCCUCAUGGCUACAAUAUUUUGGAUUUUCCAACAGGCAAAUCUCGGAGGACGUAUGAGGCUUGGAGGAACUCCAUAAAUGGAGUGUAGGCUUCAAAAAAUAUUCACUAGUUUCAAAUCACUAUAUGUAGCUCAUAUGACAAUAUCGUGGGGUAUGUGAUGAUCAUAUGACAAUUUGGGGCA